AUGCCGAAGCAGAUCCACGAGAUCAAGGACUUCCUGCUGACGGCGCGGCGGAAGGACGCGCGGUCGGUGCGGAUCAAGCGGGCCAAGGACGCCGUCAAGUUCAAGGUGCGCUGCUCCAAGUACCUCUACACCCUCUGCGUCCACGACGCCGACAAGGCCAACAAGCUCAAGCAGUCGCUCCCGCCAGGAGAUUUAAGUAUCAAGCCACAAACAGUACCUUUUGCUGCGGCGUUUGAGGAUCCGGAAAGUCAAGAAGAAAUCAUACCGGGUGGAGUAAACCGCAACAUAAGGCUACCUGAGAAGACGCAAUUGUGGGACGCGCUCCCUUCUCCGUUUGUUUCAGCCGCCUCCACCGGCGGUGGAGCUCCGUUCCUGACUUGGGUCAACACAGUGCGAUCCUCAUCCUCCGGGGCCGGAAGCCAGUCAAGCGUCGCGGAUGAACCGGAGGCUGCAGAAUGGGCCUUGCAGGAUUUCUACACCUUGCGGAAGGAUGUUGAGUUGGCUCUUGAGCGUGUCAAUGAAGUCAGGCAAUCUGCCGGUUUGGAACAGCUUGAGGAGGAUAUCGCUUCGCUUGAGAAGAAGUCCACUGAUAGUUCCUUGUGGGAUGAUCCUUCCAAGGCACAGGAGAUACUUGUUUCUCUGACAGAGGUCAAAGACAGAGUAAAGCUUCUCAACGAUUUCAAGUUACAGGUUGAAGAAGCUGAGACUAUUGUGAAGCUUACUGAAGAAUUAGAUUCUAUAGAUACUGGUCUUCUUGAGGAGGCCUCAAAGAUUAUAAAGGCAUUAAAUAAGGCAUUGGAUAACUUUGAGAUGACACAGCUUCUUUCUGGACCAUAUGACAAGGAAGGUGCUGUAAUUAAUAUUUCUGCUGGCGCUGGUGGCACUGACGCUCAGGAUUGGGCUGACAUGUUACUAAGGAUGUAUGUAAGGUGGGGAGAGAAGCAGCGUUACAAGACGCGAGUAGUUGAGAAAUCACCUGGUGAAGAGGCUGGUAUAAAAUCAGCAACUGUUGAACUAGAGGGAAGAUAUGCUUAUGGCUAUAUCUCUGGCGAGAAAGGGACACACAGGAUUGUCCGUCAAUCGCCAUUUAACGCUAAAGGGCUUCGACAGACAAGCUUUGCUGGUGUUGAGGUUAUGCCUCUUUUACCAGAGGAAUCCAUGGCUGUGGACAUACCUGAAGAGGACCUGGAUAUAAGCUUCACAAGAGCUGGAGGUAAAGGAGGCCAGAACGUAAACAAGGUGGAAACGGCUGUUCGUAUGGUUCAUAUUCCAACUGGAAUUGCAGUUCGUUGCUCAGAGGAGAGGAGCCAGCUGGCCAACAAAAUAAAAGCCCUCAACCGGCUCAAAGCGAAGCUGUUGGUGAUCGCCGAGGAGCAGCGUGCAUCAGAAAUCAAGCAGAUCCGUGGCGACAUGGUGAAGGCAGAGUGGGGGCAGCAGAUACGCAACUAUGUCUUCCACCCCUACAAGCUUGUCAAAGACGUCAGGACAGGGUGUGAGACGUCAGACGUCACUGGCGUCAUGGACGGAGAGUUAGAUCCCUUCAUCAGAGCAUACCUUAAGUACAAGCUCACUGCAGCAGCUACCAGCUGA